AUGAGUACUAGUGGAUCCAAGAAUGAUCAUGAAGAAGCAUUGCUUAAAGCAGAUACUGGAGUAUCCAGUACCAACCAAAUCAAUGUCACUUUUCGUUCAUCUACAGUGCCAAAUGAUUCAGCUGAGCAGGAUAGAAUCGUUGCUGUUCAAAAUCCGACAGUCUUGCCACAGCUUGUCGGGAUCGCGUCUACAGCUGCUAUUACAAACAUAAGCCCAGCAGUUAAUGUCCAAUCCAGCAAGAUAAAUGCCAAAAGGACAGUGGAUGUUGAUUUUUCUGAUCUCAACAAACUAGAGUGUAUGACAUAUUCUGAGCUAAUACUCACUAAUUUGGAGCACCUCUGUCAGAAUCGCAUUCUCAAAUCCCUAAUCAUUCAAUCUAUACAGACAGUUCAGGGAACGCUUCAGCCUAUGGGAGGAUUAAAUUAUGUUAAUACCGAUGCCAUCAAAAAUGUAAAUUUUGCAUUAGCACUUGCUAAUUUAAGAAUACUUACUGAAGGAAUAUGUGGGAAAGCAUCUCUUGAUGCGUUGAUUGUCUCUGCUGAUAAGCUUCAUGUACGAAUUGCAGAGGAUGCUGUAUUUUGCAAUAUUCUCCAGCAUGGUGCAUCCAUCAUCAUGCUGGCAGUUAAUGCUGCUCCCUCUGUCACUUCCAAGCAGCUGCGUGAAAAUGGAGCUAAAUGUAUUCACGAUCUACGAAACCGUAUUGAAGAAAAACAUCCCAAUGACUCGGCUGAAUUGGUUUAUCGAAUCAAUGAUGUUUUGCUCAAGAUCAUCAACAACUAUUAUAUAGCCACUUUGGCAUCAAGAUUUCAAAAAAUAUCCAGUCUUAUAUGGAGCAUAUCUGAGGGUCGUUGUUAUAUUCACCCACACUUGGUUAGAGAUUUAUUUUCUCAAAUCAUGCCUGCAGCAGUGCGUGAAAUGGUCGCAGUAGCUAUUCCUCGUAUGGUGCACACAUCGCAUUCAUAUGAUAUUUGUCUUGAUUCGUUUAAACUUAACAUAAGCUCUAUGAUGCCGGAAUAUAUCAGCGCAAAGGUAGUUGACGAGAUCUCACUUGGAUUACGCAAUAGUCUUACAUGCGAUACAGUAAAAAAGCUUUCUAUUGAAAUGACACAUAUUGUUCCACAAAUCAAGGAUAUUUCAUUUGCAUUUAUUUUCAAAAACUUUCUCACUCGUAUAGCUGACAAAGGUUUUGCCAGUGUUAAUAUGCCUAUGGACACUGGAUGUAGCGUGUCAGUAGAUCUCGACAUGUUUCCUGAUCAUCCGAGUCAGACCCUUUGCGUUAGACGGGUUAAAGUAGAUUUGGAAAAGCUCCAUAUUACUGUUUCCAAAACAAAGCAUGAUCUCAUCUACCGCAUGCUUUCCUCAAUGAUCGACAAUACUAUCCAAAGACAUAUUGCAAGAACACUUGAAACAUACAUUGCACAAUCGGUUUCUACUCUAAAUACCUUUUUGACCUUGAUUAAAGGUCCAGGAGUUGUGCCCACAUCAUUCAAAGAAAAGUUAAAUUGCCAUUUUGAUAGAUUCAUGUGCGCACUGAGAUUGGAUGGCGGAAACUGCGAUAGUAUGCUUCAGAAAAAUCUGGCAGCGGAGCAGCAAGAAUUAUCUGAUUCAGUUUGGCCUACCGCUUUAGUACUUUCCAAAGCAUGGGAUAUUCCACAGGAUGAACAGGCAGACGAUAUAGAUGCAUUAUCUACAACGUCCCAAAUCCAACCUUCUAUUCAAGAUACCACAGUAGUCGAUUCCACCCAUUUGCCGUGGUACACAUCCGAGUUUAACUUGUCAUCCUCUACUACCUAG